UAUAUCUUGGUCAAAAUCUGAAGAAAAUGUGUACAAUAUUGGCCUCUGUUUGAUCAAAAACACUUAGCACCUGGUGUGCGUCGUUUUUGUCGAGACGUCCUCUCUUCGGUUUCGUCGACACCGACGAUAUUGUAUUUUAAAAUGACGUCACGGGGGUGUGAGUCGAAGCAGCACUGGCUGUGCUGUUAGUUGGACGGGGGAGACGAGAGGAGAGAGGAGAGAGAGCGCGCGCGCAGAGAGAGAGAGUGAGAGAGAGAGAGAGAGAGAGAGAGAAGAGAAAGCGAGCAGAGCGCGCUCGGGCUGUAACCACUGCGCAAUUGCGCACACGAUAAGCGCUCUGUUUUCCCCUCAGCGCGCCUGAAGUGGCGCUCAUCUCCCGUCGCCCCUCGCUUUCUCCACCGCGUCACAUCACACCUUCCAGCCGCCUCCGCAAACAUCGCUGAAGUUCAUCGACUACAAUGUGCCAAAGCUGACGUGACGACUCGGUCGGACUCCGCGUCGCGGACGGGUUUUUCCUUUUCAUCUAAAUGCCCUCUCGCGCCUGAUCUCGAGCUUCCUGUUAAUGACAGACGAGCGCGCAGUCAUAAUAAAGUGCGCGGUCAUUAUGCGCGCCACUUGGCGUUUUCACUCUGCAUCCAGCAUGACGCUUCUACUGCUUCCUGACUUUUCUGUAGCACUGGAGUGUAUAGUCAUGUUUCAUAAACUUCGGGCUAAAGAAGACAGCUUUUAAACAACGUCUGGGGCGCGAGCGCGCGUCGCUGACGCGCAUCCUCACUUAGUGAAGAAAAUAAGGAGGAAAAAUCCAAAGCGAGCUUGUGUGUGUGUGUGUUUUUUGUGUGCGCUUCCGGAGAUCUGGAGCUAGCUGAUGCUGCUUGGCUGAAAAUGUUAGCCUUAAUGACAUCUGGACGGAGAUUCCUAACUUGAAGGUGUCACAAGAGCGUCGACAUUUGAGGAGUCCAUUGUAAAUGGGAGCUGGGCUGAAUCUGGAUCGGUCUCGUGAAAUAUGUGGAUAAAGUGGUAUAGAGAACGCAGUUUCAUGGCUGCAUUGAGACCACUGGGACUCCUGGGAUGCAGAAUGUGGGUCCUCUUCACCCUUGUCCACCUCACUAUGGAUCUCUCCAUGUGUGCUCCAGUGGGGACUGGGCUUAGGCUGCUCCCUCGGUCACUGCCUCGCCUACGCCCUCGUCUUCUCACCCGGGAUGUACCCAGUGGUCCACACUGGAGGACUCUCGGUACCUGGCAGCGUGGUGUCUCACAACCGGUACCAUUACCCGACCACCGAGGAGGAGGAGUAGGAGGAAGAGUGGGGUUAGGGUCCAAACCACGGCCACAGAGGCACAAACGUCAUCUUUGUGAGAACUGCACCUCCAGUUUCCCUGUCUCAGAGGGAGGCGAGUCGCUGGAGUUUUUGGAGGGGAGUAAAGCCGACAUUGUGCAGCACUUUUUGCGACAACGCAGGCAGUUGAAGUGGGAUAGUUAUGAUAGUUAUUCGCAGGAAGGAAGGACCACUACAGUGGCAGGAUUUAUUGACUGGGGGCCCACUGGGACGGAUGAUGGCGCAGAGGAUGAGGUGAAAGUUAUCCCCAAGACCAUGGCCACUACAAAGUCCACCACCACCACUACUACCACUACUACAACUACCACGACCACACGCAGCCCACAAAGGACUCAUGCAGUGGUCACUACUGCCCGUCCAAGGAGGCUGAGUACCACACAGCCUGCUGUUAAUCUCGGCGUGACCGCCAAGCCACAGAAGCCAUUUGGAGAUACACCAGGUUUGGCAGUGCAUCAGAUCAUCACUAUCACUGUUUCCCUCAUCAUGGUCGUCGCAGCCUUGAUAACAACACUAGUCCUUAAAAACUGCUGUGCACAGUCGGGGAAUGGCCGCCACACUAGCCACCAGAGGAAGAUCAACCAGCAGGAAGAGAGCUGCCAGAACCUGACUGACUUCACGCCGGCACGUGUGCCCAGCAAGGUGGACAUCUUCACCGCCUACAAUGACAGUUUACAGUGCUCUCACGAGUGUGUGCGCACCGCUGUGCCAGUCUACACAGACGAGAUGAUCCAACACACACCGAUUUACAAGACCACCUACAAUGGAAGCAGACCAUCACCAACUGAAAGACAGCUAAUCCCUGUGGCCUUUGUGUCUGAUAAAUGGUUCGAGAUCUCCUGCUGAAGGCCUUUUAGUACCUGUGGGUAACUGCAGCUUCCUCAAUUUUGGACCCUGAAUCCCAUUGGAACACCUUGAAUUCUCAAAUAAAGAAAACUUAAAAAUACAAAACAAUAAAAGAAACAAAAGCCCAUGCAUUGCAGAAAGAAGAAUAAGAACGUACACACCGUU